UACGUCUUCGUUCAAUCGUUACACAAUGUUUUCGUGAUCAUUAUUUUGAUCGAGCAUAUUAUGAAACAUUUCCACCUACUCUCGUUCAAACACAAGUUGAAGGUGGUUCUACUCUUUUUGGUCUUAACUAUUUUGGAGAGUCCGCUUUUUUAACCCAAUCAUCUCAGCUUUAUCUUGAAACAGCUUGUCCAGCAUUAGGUGAUGUAUUUUGUAUUGCUCAAUCGUAUCGGGCUGAACAAUCACGUACACGUCGACAUUUAGCUGAAUAUACUCAUGUUGAAGCUGAAUGUCCAUUUAUCUCAUUUAAUGAUUUACUUGAUCGAAUUGAAGAUCUUGUCGUUGAUGUUGUUGAUCGUGUUUUAAAACAUCCUGAGGCUCAUCUCUUAUUUGAAGUUAAUCCAACAUUUAAGGCACCGAAAAAACCAUUUAAACGUAUGAAUUAUAGUGAUGGUAUUGAAUGGUUAAAAGAAAAUGCUAUCAAAAAUGAAGAAACAGAUAAAUUUUAUGAAUUUGGUGAUGAUAUACCUGAAUCACCUGAAAGAAAAAUGACUGAUCAAAUCAAUGAACCGAUUUUAUUUUGUCGAUUUCCAGCUGAAAUUAAAUCAUUUUAUAUGCAACGUGAUCCCAAAGAUAAUCGGUUAACUGAAUCGGUUGAUGUUUUAAUGCCAGGCGUUGGUGAAAUUGUUGGUGGUAGUAUGAGGAUGACAAAUUUUGAAGAUUUAUCUGAAAGUUUUCGUAAGAAUGGUCUUAAACCGGAGCCAUAUUAUUGGUAUUUAGAUCAACGUAAAUAUGGCACAUUUCCUCAUGGUGGUUAUGGUCUUGGUCUUGACCGUUUUAUGACAUGGUUAACAAACCGUUAUCAUAUUCGUGAUGUUUGCUUCUAUCCACGAUUUAUUGGUCGAUGUAAACCAUAA